UAAAAAAUAUAAAAAUCUUCCAUCCCUUUUGUCUAAAAUCAAAAUGAAACACCAAAAAACACUCACAAACUUCCUUCCACAUCUAGUAAUCCUAGUAACUUUCCUACUCCUUUCAACAACAUGGACCAUAGCACAAGAAGUUGAGGAUGAGAGUGACUUUGAUUACAUAAAAGGGAGUGAAAAGGGUCCUUCACAUUGGGGUGAACUUAAGAAGGAAUGGGCAACAUGUAAAAAUGGGAGAUUGCAAUCUCCAAUUGAUUUGUUAAGUCAUAGAGUGAAGGUAGUUCCAGAGUUAGGAGAAUUAAAGAAAUACUAUAAGCCUCAUAAUGCCACUAUCAAGAACAGAGGUCAUGAUAUUGAGGUUAAAUGGGAGGGAGAUGCAGGAUCAAUAAAUAUCAAUGGCACACAAUUUUUUCUACAUCAAGCCCACUGGCACUCACCUUCUGAACACACCAUCAAUGGCAGGAGGUAUGACCUGGAGGUACAUUUGGUUCAUGAAAGUGCAAAAAUAAACGGUAAGAGCAAGAUAGCUGUUAUUGGACUUCUGUACGAGAUUGGUCGGCCAGAUCCUCUUCUCACCAAGUUGUCAAAAUACAUAAUUAAGGGCAUGGUGGAUACUGAAGCAGAAAGGAGCAUUGGGGUGAUUGAUCCCUCAGAAGAAAUCAAGCUGGGUGGUAACAAGUAUUACAGAUACAUAGGUUCCCUCACUGUCCCUCCUUGCACUGAAGAUGUCAUUUGGACUAUUUAUAACAAGAUAAGAAGUGUGUCUAGAGAACAAGUGAUGCUAUUAAGGGAGGCUGUCUAUGAUCAUGCUGAGAAGAAUGCCAGACCUAUACAACUCCUGAAUAGAAGAGAGAUACAACUCUUUGAUAGUUAAGAUAUCUUUUAGACUUUACUAGUCAAAAAAGAUAUUUGUUAAAUAUAAAAGAUAUUGACCUUCUAAUUUACACAUUCUAAUA